AAGCGCAACGUCACUGUUGAACUCCGAUCCCGGAUUUCUAGAGAAACGGGGGGGAGGUAAGAAGAAGACGAGUGUUUAGAGUCUGGGGGAUGUCCAGACUUAACGGGAGACGUCGCGUGGGGUCCGCCUUAAAAGUCAGGCAGUGGAGUGAACGGCCCGUCUCGGGUCUUGAGAAAGCCGUUACAGGGUCCUACGGAGAGCGACAGACACAGAAAGGGAGUGAGAGCGGCCUAGAGGGACGAGGCGGCGCAAUGGCGAGGAGCGCAGGUAGCAGCAGAAGUUUAGAGUUAAUCCAGUAAAAUUGAUGAGUCGGCCCAGAAUUGGCAGAGAAGUACUUUCCCUCACCACUCAAAGCAUGAUGAGAACCUCAGAAGCCUGUGAAUGGAUGAGUAGGAUCAUCUUUAGAAUGAAAUCAACAGCGAAAGAAGUCUGAAGGUAGCAGGAAGACAAACUCGUAUAUCACCAUACAGUUUUAUGAAGCAUCCUGAUUUGCUUUCUGAAGAUUUGAAAGUGUGGAGAAGACAUUACGCCCUGCCGCUUUGGAUUGCUGUCCUCACUCUCACACCCUGAUCACAAGACACCAUGUACUGCCUCCAGUGGUUAUUGCCUGUUCUCCUCAUCCCAAAGCCUCUCAACCCAGCCUUGUGGUUCAGUCAUUCAAUGUUCAUGGGCUUCUAUCUACUGAGUUUCCUUUUGGAGCGGAAACCUUGCACAAUCUGUGCCUUGGUCUUCUUGGCCGCUUUGUUCCUCAUCUGCUACAGCUGCUGGGGAAAUUGCUUUUUGUAUCAUUGCUCUGGCUCCCAUCUGCCUGACUCUGCUCAUGAUCCCAACAUAGUUGGCACUUAAAACUUUCCACUUGAUUGCAAGAUCUUUGUGGGUCCCCCCCCUUUCUUCUAAAGGGACAGUGUAAUUGGAAGGAGAGAUUCUAAGACAUGUGAUUGGAGUACAAGCAGCCUGUUUGUACGUCUGGAUUAAACAGUUUCAUGAUGACCUAUACCUCCUAAAUCUGCCUGUUAAAUUUGAAGAAAACUGUUUAUAGUGAUAACUGAUGUGGCUAUCUGUUCUGGGUGGCUUUUCUUUUUCUCCUUCUGCCUUCUAUAUUGUUUAAGGUUGAUUAUUCAAUCUCUGACUCAGUUGUAAAGAGAUAUGUUGCUUGAUGCAGUAGCAUUUAUCUGACUCCUUUCCUAAAUCAGGAGACAGACAUCAGUCGUAUGUAACGUGAGUCCUCUGAUCUUGUGGAAACAGUUGGAAAGCCUUAUUUCAUCUGUAGCUGGUGUUUAUUGCUCCAGACAACUGAGGAAGAACUUGCAAAUGACUAAUAAGUUUGAAAGCUUCAUGGGACAGAGGCUGCUGAUUCAUCUCAGCAGGCCCAACUGGAAGGGGCAGUGUUGUCUGGAACGCUUUCCAAACUACUUAUCUGCCAAGAUCAUAGCUCAAAAAUCCUGGAGUCAUCAUGAUGCCACUUUUGCAGCACAGAUGUAGAAGCUUGUUUCACCUACCACCCCAGUCAGAUACCCACUGUUUACAAAAGUCUUGAGUUGGGAAGAAAGCAUGUUCUGCUGUGAAGUGUGGGGGUCCCUUUUAUUGGUUUUGCAUUUGAAUUUUAAGCUAUCUUACCUUGCAAAUGGGAGUUCAGGGAUGGGGGAUUUGAAUGUGCUUCUGCUGAGAUGAGAAGUGUGGGCUCCUUCUCAAUAAUGAAUUGGAACAGUCACUUGAAUGACAGGCUGCUUUUCUUUUACUUUUCCUUUAAUGCCAUGAGUAUUAAUCUCUCGACACAAGCAGAUGAGCCCGAGCUCACAUGCAUGGGAGAAAGGAAGUGACAAAUGCUUUGGCUACAGAUCCUCCAUUUUCUUGUGGUAGUAGGAUCAUGCAUUUAUUACUCCAUCCCCAUCCUCCAGAAUAGCUUUCACUUGCACAUUGGCCAUUUCCAGAGAAUAUCUCCUGUCUUCCUUAGGAAAUGCUUGCUUGUGUGAUAUGUAAGCUAUUCUGAGGGGCAAGUGUAAACCUCUUCAGUAACAUUUCAAGGUUGUAAGGUCAUCUUGUUUUGCCAUCCAUUUGGCUCUGCACAAUCUUCCUUGGAGGAAUGUUGCUGAAAAGUCAGUUUCUCUCUCAAGGGAGCUGGAACUGAGAAACCAAUUGUGAAACCUCCACAGAAAGUUUUUAUUUUUUGUUUGUUCAUUGCACAGCUGUUCAACGAGUUUAAUAAAGCUUUAUAAACUUUG